GUCAUUCCGUGCACUAGAAUUACCACACACAUUUAACAAACGCAUCCACCACAAUAAUCAGACCCGGUAUAUAUGUAUAUCAAUGCGCUCUUCACUCAAUAAUUUGCAUUUUAACUUAGACAUCACAUGAGCACUACUACUUUUCAUCCGCGACCAUAACUAUUCGCAUUUAGACCACAUCAAGCAAAUCAUCGUGAUUACGAGCUUAACCAAAGCCAUCUAACAAGUCGGCUAACCUAUUAUUAUUGCGAUCCGAGACACAACAUAUAUAUAACAAUCACUUAACGCAAUUGACUCCUAUUUAACAGGAGUUGGCUAACACAGUAUAAAACUUAGCAAACCAUUUUAGACAUUGCGACUCAAAACAUGAGUGGGAGCAGAUUAAUUAGCUUUUCUUAACCAUCCUCAACUUAAAUUGGAUAACACACAAGUCACAUAAAACAGCAUAUUUUAGGAGAUCUAACAUGUCGAGCAUCAAUUCUACAACAUUUCUAUAAACAUACAUAUUCACACGUAUAUUCGCACAUCGACCAAUUCAUACGAAUCGUAAACCACUAAUCUCCAACUCACAACCAUUAUGUACUUACUUCCCAAUUCGUGAACACAUACAUGUUUAUCAUAUGAACAGAGCAAUUCAAUAAUUAUCCUAAAACAAACUAACUCCAUUACACAACUUGAAUUACGAGCUUACUUGACCACUCGAUGUGUCUACUCGAAAUCGUGAGCACAACCAUACACUAAAUGCGAAGCAUAAUUUAACGAACACAUAAUGCGCAUUGACUCAACUUAUAAUCAUAGAGGAAGUGAUGACUAAUUAUGACAUGUCAUCACCUCACCACACAAGCCAAAGCAAUCCCUAGCCACAUCGACCGAACUUCUAGUCGAGUAAAACCUACACCUCCUUGUCACGAAUACAACCAUAUUGCGGCAUGUAUUCGGAACACUGCCAUCCACCUAACGCAACACUUGAUGUAACAUACUCCAGCACACAUGUUCAAUGGCACACUCUUCGUGCAUACUUACGCCAGCAAAUUUAUAUAUAUAUACAAUACAAAAUAAUGUAGACUACUUAUUGGUCGCUGCUUGGAACACUAAGCAUACCCUACGCAUUAAAAGUUGUGACAAUCAACACACUAUUAUAUAACAAGGCGUUUAACCACGAUUUAAUAUUACCACGACGCAUUUGUGCAACACAUAAAGAAUCAUUGUAAUUACCAAAAUAUAUUUUAUCCGUUAAUCGAACACUACCCGAAACAACAAAUCGGCUUACCAUAAACAAACCCGGUCGGUGCCGCUGCACACAUGGCGUGGAGAUGAACGCGCCAACGUGUACCGGAGAGCGGAGCAAAGCCGGAGGAGCAUGACGGGCACCACGAUGCAACAAGGUGGAGCACGCGCCAUGGAGGAGCUACUGCGGCUGCUGUUUUGUGUGGCAACAACAGGAUGGCGUCGACGGGCAGGAAUGGAGCAGGGCACCAAAAAGCGACGACACUACACAUUGGGGAUGUUGCUGCUGGGCAUUUUGUCGAACAGCACGCAAGUGCUACAAGGGUAAGACAUAGGGGCAGUGUGCUGCUGCAGCUAGUGCAGCACAGCGAGGCAUGGGACAGCGAUGGGCACGGUAGGGACGAGCUGGGAGACGGCAUCGACGUGCUGGAGUUGCAUGGGCGGCGGGGCUGCAUGAGAAAAUGACGAGCACAGCAAGAUCGAUGAUGCUCUCCACGACUCGCUGCCCUACUUAGCAUUUCGUCGAACACCCCAUUUACAUGGCAACAACAGUCCGAAAUGGGGAUCGAUGGUGAGCUGCCGGGGAGGGCGUGCUACGGAGGAGAGGCGAAGAAGCGACACGACGACGGAGGAACUUCAAGGCGAUGGACAACAACAACUAUGGACAAGGAGCAGUGAGGCUCGCGGCUAGCGUCACUUCCAGUGAGGAUUCCGGCCAUGGAUUUGGAGCCUGGGCAGAGGCGUGCAGCGACUUGGGAGUCCCGACGGCGAGCUCGAGAGAACACUUGGGCAUGGCGGAGGCUUGCUAUUUUGGUGGGGAAGAGAGGAGGAGCAGGGGCCUAGUGCCAUGGCAAAAAGAGGGGCUCGACCCAAUGCUCAAAGCCGACCAGGGAAGGGCGUCGGUCAAGCCUUGCCGCACACCUGCGCGGUGCUGGGCGCCUCCAGCGCCCAUGGGGAGUUCAUGCAGGGCAAGGACGCCAGGGAAGCUCGGAUUUGAGGGGAACAUGGGGAGAGCGGCCCUGGCGCGGCUGAGCGCGCGUCCUGCUAGAGGCGUCGGCUGGCAUGGAGGAAUGGAGCUCGGGCGCCGAGCGCCCACCAUGGCAGGGACGUCGAACUCGGCUCUGUGGAGAGGAGCAGGGCCGGCAUGAAGUGGGAGGAAGGAGAUGUCCAGCGCAUAAACCAGGGGAGGACAUCGGCCUACCCUGCUGCUAUGGUGGCGUCCAUGGUGAGAUGGAGAAGGGGGGCUGGAUGAGCAGGAGCUUGGAGCUCGCAUCCAUGGCAGAGGGAAGAAGCAGGGAGGAGGAAGAACUAUGCUGGCUGCUGCUGCAGUGCUGCCGUGAGGGAAAAGGAGACAGGGAGAGGGAAGGUCGCGGCUAGGGGGAAUCGAAA